UACUUCAAUCCCGCACCAUUAAACCUCGGAUCUAAUCGCAAACGUUCCUCCGAUUCGGCAGUUAACUUUUUGCUGGACUCCUUCGCCCUGAAUGGAGAUGAGCAAUUCAUAGUUCCGCAAGUGUUAGUGCAGUACAAUACCUAAUGCGUUACUCUAUUGGUAGUGGUGUCAGUGAACGAGUUGGCAAUGAGGUCUCCCAACGCGGAAAUUUCUUCUUCUUUCUCCACAUCGCGUUAUACAUUUUAACUUUCUCGAGUAGAUAACAAGUGCUCGGUUGCUCACGAUCAGUCUCCGGGAAUCCUCGAUACUUGACAGUGAUGCUAUCUAAAUCAAUCGUUGUGAUGUCGGAUACCUUUCAUUGUGAAUUUAUUGAUUGAUUGGUGAGCUUUAAGUGAGAUUUUAAAAUGAGCAAAAGAACCACGGGGGUCAUCAAUUCCUGCGAAAGGAUCAGACCCGAGAGGUCAAGGAAUCCUUGCUUACAACGACUAAUGUGGACUUCUACGAAGUCCACUAGUGAUAUUCAGAAAAGUAGGUACUGGGGGUACGAUAGUUCAGUGACUGCUGAUGAUCUUCAGGUGACUAAUCCAAGGGUAGCUUUGAGAAGAUUGCUAAGAUUGUACGAAGGGCGUCAGUACCGCGAGGCAGCAAAUUUAGUAGGAAAACUGCCGCGAUGCACUUUAGCGUUGACACUAACGGACUUUCCCGUGGACUUGGUGAUCGAAACACUUCCUCGAAGUUUGUCACUUCUUGAAGCUUUGUAUUCCCGGCUGCCAGAACUUUGUUUCAGUAAGACCAAUAGCAACACCAACAACAAGAACAAGAACAAUAACAGUAUCAGUAAUAAUAGCAAGAACAGUAGUGUAGGCGAAAACAGAAUCAAAGAGGUACAACAAGAUGAAUUGUCAAGGGCGCUAAGGGUGGAACAACUUCUCUGGAAAGUGGUUCAUCUUAUUUCCGUCUGUCAGGAUCAACAGAGCAUUAGAAUUUGGGCUAAGCUCCUGACGUACAUCGCCCGGGUCUCACCCAACAGCCUCGAGCUGAUAGUUAACCGAAAGAAAGCUCUAGACGAGACUAUCGAAGGGCUGGGGAAGCAUGGCCCGAUACCCUGCCAAAUUACCAGCGAAGAUAAACGGUUUGGACACCACCAGGAUACCAAACUUUUACCGCUAACAGCUAAAUUGAAAGAUGAACUCGAAACGAGGAUUGACGCCUACAAACUUGCACUGCAUAAGAUUGAUAACUUUGGUAAAGACGCUUCUAGGAGAUCUAAAGGCGAUCCCCAUGGACUGAAAUCGUCGUCACACCAGCGACUGCUGUCAUUGAAAUACAGCGAAGUCCAACAACGGCUCAUCGAUAAUCAAAGUCUUCUGAAUACCCUGGAGAAGGCUAGUGGGCGAAACUUGGCGGAGCUUUCAGCGGAGCUUGCGGGCAGAGUUGAGCAGGACAAAGAAGCUCUGCGCCAGUGGACAUCUCUGAGGAAAUUCACGGGGGAAAACUCGACAAAGGAGCCAUCUUUAGCGGCAAGACUUCUGCAAUUCUCCCGAGCUUGCGGAAUCGUGCUUGAGCUUAUGCGGAAAGCUCCUAUUGUAAACUGGUCAAGUGAGCUUUUCCUGGAGGAGGAAAAGUACGAGGUCACCGAGUCUAGCAGCGCGGGGUAUCACACUGAUGACAGCUGCAGUCCGGAGCCCAAUUGUCCGUACUACAUGAGCUUGCAGUCGGAAUACGAUAACAAAGCUUUUACGACACGACAGUUGACGGACAAAUACGCGGGUUUGUAUGCGCAAGCACACUUUCAAACCCUCGACGCCCUGGAUGCUCUCGAGCCGUUGAAGGAAGCUCAAGAUCUCAAGGCCAAGAUUCUCUUCUCUGUUGUCGUUCUUUCGUGGCGAAUCGCUGACAGUAUCCAAUCGGCCCGCAAGCUCGAAGCAGUGGAAAUUCUAUCGGGAGCUGAAUCAUCAAUUCCGGAGCUUAAGUUGUCACUGGACAUUGAAGCUUGCAUGCGUCGGCAGCUUGCGACCUUCGGGUACUCAACAGGUACAAGGGAGGUCGCUUCGCGGGUGAUGGACCAGCUCAAAAGGACCCUCUACGACUACCCUUGCAUCGAAAGCUGCCCGGAGCUUGUGACCUACACCCUCGAGAGCGGCCACCUUGCCUGGGCCUGUCUUUCCCAUGAAACUCCUCUGAUCCUCGACACUGUGGAGCCCAGGGGGAGGUUCGAGCCCGUUUUCGAUCGCGAGUUACACUCGAGGCAUCACGGUUCCCCGAAUCCUAAGGGGACCAGGAUCUCCGGGGUAGUUUGGCCCGGGCUCAGGAUCAAGAGCUUGCAAGGACCUUGUCUUUACCGAGCGGUUGUUCUUACUUCGUAAACUCACUUCAAGUGUCUAACUCUCGGAAACUUCCGCGAGAGAUUAUUGGAGCUUGUUAAGCUCACUUGUUGAUCUACUUAACUUUUUUCAUAAGAGGUUUGUU